AUGCGACCACGAGAGGAUAAACUUGUAAAAGUCAUCUCGUCACCAGAUGCCUCCCGCAAACAAUCCUUGGUUUCCGACGACGGCUCUCUAAGCCAACCCGUCAGUAGGGGCGUCCUGAAAGCUGGUGAAAAGCCAAAGAAAUGCGAGGAUAAACCUUGGGUCCGUAUCAAUCACACCACCAAGGGCGAAACGACUCGCACAGCUCGAAUCAAUCAGCACGCACAGGAGGGCCAUAAAUACAAGGCCAAGAGACUCCCUUAUGGGGAUUGGGAAUCGACACACUAUACGUUUGAGUACAGCAAGAACAAUGGCAUGCACGAGUUCAAGAAGCGCACCAUGUCUGCCCGUCAGAUCCACGAGUACAUUACACAGUAUCCUGGCGAUAAUCUCCGUAUCUGGAUCCAACCUGUAGCUUCUGAUUCAGCGCGUCGAUAUGCAUCUGCAUCCCAUAGCCAUUGCCGAUUCGAGAAGUGCCCAAUGCGAAAGUACACUGGCAAAGGUACAGCAGAAGUAGGCAACUACCGAGUUGCUUUUGACGAGAAGCACAAGACAUAUGGACCGGGUGUAGUCGACCCAUAUGAUUGUGUUGGCUACGUCCAUCUGUACUGCAUGGAGCGCUUCCUAGACUUUGCAUACAUUUGCCAGAUUGCAGAUGUGAGAGUGGACCAGCGCGUGAGCAUGGAGAAAGAGCCCAAAGGACAUUUUGCCUCUGCAUUCGGCCCCAAGCACCAUCAUGAAGCAGCUGUAGCGAAGAAGUUUAUCAACGCUGCCAGGAGAGGCCGGCUUGCCGAGACACCUGAGUUUGCAAACUACCCUGUUCAUGAAGAAUAUGCCCGGGGUGCGCCCAAGCCACAUGAACGUACGCUGGUCUACGCUCUAUACGACAUGAACAUUAAACACCGUGCAAAGUCGCAGAUGAAGCAAUUCAUCCUCCAACGCACAAUCCGGCCUGGCUCUUUCACCGUGCACCGCGGUGACAUGGAGGUGAAGCUUGUAGACAAGAAGAUCGAGCGGCUCCCUGCUUUCAAAGAGUUCUUGAAAGACGGAUCGAAAAAAGACUUUGAUUACUCAGCUUACUACGACAAGUUUCAUCCAGAGAUCAAGGAACGAAUCAAGGAAUGCAUGGUACUCCGGGAGCAGUUGAUCGCCGAAGGCGGAGUGGAGAGUAGUACUAAACGCUCUCGACGACCCCGACGCGACUCACUUAAAGAUUCAGAAGACGAAAUCGUGAUACCCUCCAAGAAACCAAAAAAGCGAAGAGUCGAUGAUUCAGACUCCUCCGACUCCUCCCCUCCAUCCCGCAAGUCUCGCUCCAAAAAGCCCACAAUCACCUUCGACGCCCCCUCCCUCGGCCCGUCCCCAUCCCGCCCCAACACUCUCCGCCAAAAACCUCCCAUCAACUACUUGGAACCCCACGACACCCUCCCCUCCCCUCGCGCCACCACCAGCACCCUAGCACCCGCUCUCUCCUCAUCCACCAUCCCACCACUCAUCUCCACCACCUUUCCACCGCCCAGCUCCGCGACCUUCCUAUCACCCAGCUCCGCCCGCAAAGAAAGCUGUAGCGCCCUCUUCCCCACCAACGACACCGAGUGGGCGAACUUCGACCUCGCCCCGCUCGACGGCACCGAAACUUACCUGACACAAGCACAGAUUGAUGCGCUGCUUAAUGCGGCGUAUCGUCGCAAGUCGAGUACGUUGAGUAUGGGACCAAUAGGAGCCACUUCACCUCUUCUGACGCCACCGCUGAGUAAGUCGUCUUCGCUGGUUGCGCCACCGUUGCUGGGAGCUCGGACUGAUGCGGCGGCGCUGCGCAGGGCGAGCUUCAAUGCGAAGCCCGUAUCGGCGUGUAGGGAGUUUAGGGUGGAGGACCCACCGGUUUGUGUGGCGGAAGGGAGAGAGUUGAGGAGGAGCAGGAGGGGGAAGGUGGAGAGGGGUUGAUGUGAGGGAUGCUUGGGGUUUGUCAGCAUGGUAGGGAGGUGUGAGUGACUUAGGGUAGAUAUUGAUCUGUAGUUUUUGGAUUAAAUAGAAGAACUGUUAGUGUGUAGGGUCUAUCUUUCCUUAUCGUCUACCCAAUGAAGUGCCUUUUCACUAGACUGAGUUUCUCUGUGCUGAGCGUGAUUGUGUUGCUCAUUAUUAUUUAUUCCAGGUCCCGUAACAAGUUUCCCGUCACACAAUAUUCGUUGAAGCAUUUGAUCGGCUAGCUUUCUUGUCUACUAGUAGUCCUGAGGCUAGCCUCCCA